UGAAAAUGCAAAGGAGAAAUAGCCGUGCAGUGGAAUGCGACCUUCGAACAAACAGUGUUCCUUCAAGUUUAUAUUGGAAUAUUGAAGAAGUUGCGCAAUGGAUAGAAGAAUUAGGAUUUCCUCAAUACAGUGUAUGCUUCCGCCAAAAUUUUAUAAAUGGAAGAAAACUUAUUGCAAUUGAUGGUUCUGCACUUCCGAACAUGGGGAUCAACGACUAUGAACAUAUCAAGAAAAUAACAGAAGCAAUCCGAGACCUAUUAGGGAUUGAAAAAGUGAAGAAAAAGGAAAUAGCUAUGAAAGAUCCAAGAUAUGCUUAUAUGGAGAUCAAACGAAAAAGUGGGACAGUGACCGAUCAUUUAACAUACAAAGAAUUUCUGAGAACAAAUAAAAUGCUCUUCCCUGACCAUGUUAAGAAAAUGUCAAUUUGAAUGUUUUGUUCUUGUUUGUUUUUGCUUUUAUUCUUUUAAUUGUCUGCAUUUUUUAACACGUUGUUGGAACUUUCUUUAGUGUUGUUCGAUCAUGAUAAUAUUUAAGACUUAUUAUAUAAGUAAGCAUUUUUAGAAAAAAAAAUAAAA